CUCAGGCCUCGGCCUUUUCUCCUGACACCCCUGCGCCCCUGAAGAAAGCAGGCAGCCAUCUGCGUCCAUGGACGCGAAUCAGUCCAGCUCCACGAAGCCCCAGCCCUCCCCGGAGGCCCCCAGGCCUGGCGGGAACUCCAGCGCCGUCGAGGCCACCAACACCUUGCAGCAGGAGGCCCCCAGCACGGUGGGCGACAAGUUGCCACCAAAGACGGGCGCGGUGGUCAUCGACAUGGGCACGGGCACCUGUAAGGUGGGCUUCGCGGGGCAGGCCCGGCCCACCUACACGGUGGCCACCAUCGUGGGCUGCCAGCCCGGGAGGCCGUCCGCCACCGGGCCGCCGCGGCUGGAGACUUUCAUCGGCGAGGCGGCCCGCGAGCGCCCCCAGCUGACGCUGGUGCAGCCGGUGCGGAGCGGCAUCGUGCUGGACUGGGACGCGGCCGAGCUCAUCUGGCGCCACCUGCUGGAGCACGACCUCCGCGCGCCGCCGCGCGACCACCCGCUGCUGUUCUCCGACCCGCCCUUCAGCCCCGGCACCAACCGCGAGAAGCUGGUGGAGGUGGCCUUCGAGUCGCUGCGCUGCCCGGCCAUGUACGUGGCCUCGCAGUCGGUGCUGUCGGUCUACGCGCACGGGCGCGUCAGCGGGCUGGUGGUGGACACCGGCCACGGCGUCACCUGCGCCGCGCCCGUCUUCCAGGGCUACGGUCUGCCGCACGCCGUCGAGCGCCUGGACCUGGCGGGCGCGCACCUGACCGCCUUCCUGGCGGAGGUGCUCCUCGGCUCGGGCCUGCAGCUCGGCCAGCACGACCUGGACGCGGUCGAGGCCAUCAAGCACCGCUACUGCUACGUGGCGCCCGACUUCCUGCGGGAGCAGGCGCGCCGCCAGACGCUGAAGCUGCCGGACGGGCGGACGGUCACGCUGGGCAAGGAGCUGUGCCAGGUCCCCGAGCUGCUGUUCAGUCCCCCGGACAUGCCGGGGCUGUCGCCCGUGGGCGUCCCCGCCAUGGCCGCACGGAGCCUUCACAAGGUGCCCCUGGAGGCGCGCGCGGACGUGGCCCGGAACGUGCUGCUCUGCGGCGGCUCCUCGCUCUUCCAGGGCUUCGAGGGCCGCUUCAGGGCCGAGCUGCUGCGCACGCAGCCCCCGGAGGCCCACGUGGUGGUGGCGGCGCAGCCUACCAGAAACUUCUCGGUGUGGAUGGGGGGCUCCAUCCUGGCCUCGCUGCGCGCCUUCCAGACCUGCUGGGUCCUGCGGCAGCAGUACGAGGAGCAGGGACCCCACAUCGUGUACCGCAAAUGCUACUGACCCGGGCGGCGCGGCGGGGG